UACUUCUACGUAUCUCUCUAGGAUUGGGUUUGGAUCUUCUUUUAUUGUGUUGAAUGUGAUGAUGGUGAGGAAAGCAUAGGGAGCUCAACCGCAACCAACACAACGCGCGCGGUUAUGAACUUAUGUAUGUAAGAAAUACGAGAGAGAGAGAGAGAGAAGCCGCCGGCCGGAUCUUAAUUGUUCCUAGCAGCGCAGCGCAGCUAACUUGAUGGGAUCGGAGAUCAAAGCAUCAUCAUCGAUCUUUAAUUGAUCGAGCUUUAAUUAUUAGUUAAUAAUUAAACUCCUCCUCUAUCUGCUUGUUUUUGUGUGUGCAGCGUAGCCUUGGCUGGCUUUUUGAGAGGGAUUGUAAUUAAUUGAUUAAAGAUCGGCUGCAGGAAGAUGGAUUCUGGAAACAGUGGGAGUUUACCGGGCGGCGAUGAGGAUUACCACGACGAUUCCUUGAUGAGCAAAACAUGGGGCCAACUGAUCUCACAGCCACCUGAGACCGCCGCCGUGAUGAGUCCGACGGCGGCUUUGCUGUCCAGCUAUUUGGAUCCUCCGAUCCCGUUCAGCAGCAGCAGCUGGUCCAAUACCCCGGCCCUGUCCAGCAGCAGCGGCAGCCGGAACACGAAGAAACGGUCCCGAGCUUCAAGGAGAGCGCCCACCACAGUGUUAACCACGGACACCUCCAAUUUCCGAGCUAUGGUUCAGGAGUUCACCGGCAUCCCGCCUUUCCCCACCACAACUCGCUUCGCCCAUCACCAACUCCCUCCCGCUGCUGCUGCUUACCUCCAGAAGAUAAUUAUCCAGCCGCCGCCGCCGCGUCCGUUUCUUUCGGCGGCCUCCUACACCCAUAGUAGUCUCUUGGCCGCCGUCGCUCACCCGCCGUCGGCGCUAGUCUCCUCCUCAUCCCAAAAAUACGGCCGAAAUUCGCUCCAAAUUCCAUCCUCGCCGCAGCAGGAAGCGAAAGAAAUGGAUCACCGGCCUGGUUUCACAAGGCCACUUGGAGCCUUGACUACUGGCCGGCGAUGAUCAUCAUGAUGGAUCACUAGCUUAGCUUAGCUUAGCUAAUAGGUUCUGAUCGAUCGCAGGCAGGCACGUACGGCUUGGUUUCUGAUCGAUCGCAGGCAGGAAGCGAAAGAAAUGGAUCACCGGCCUGGUUUCACAAGGCCACUUGGAGCCUUGACUACUGGCCGGUGAUCAGUGGCGGAACCAGGACUCGUGACUCGCAGUGGCACAAUAACAAAGAAAUAAUAUACUAGUCUAGAAAAAAAUCAUAUGCAUCACGAGUAUAGCAAUAAACAAAACUAUAAAAUUUAAAUAAAAUCACUGUUUUUGGAAUGAUCUGUUGCACCCAUUAAAAUCACUUUGUGGAAAUUUAAAGUCACGC